AUUGACCAUGUGUGUUGAGGACUUUCAUACAACCACUCCGAAGACAAAGAAACUACUUUAUUUGGAAUGUUGUUUUAUUGUGUUCAGUGGAGAGUUGAUGAAAAUGAUAUCCAGAUGUUGUUGCCGGCGGAGAGGAAUUUGUGGAGGAAAAGCAAACUGGUGCUUUCUGGAAGGGGUUUAGAAAAGGAGGAGAUUGGAGCAGUUAUACAUUGACCUUCACUCGGAGCCCAACGUCGACACAAACGUUACGUGAUAACAACAGAUGCGGGAGUCUUCUCUCCUGGAGGGGUGACGAACUGAGCAAUGACACCAUAUCCAAGCCUGGCACUCCUGGUGGUGUUUUCAGCCACUUGUUGGGGUGGGAAAAUUCUGGUCUACCCUUUUGAUGGCAGCCACUGGAUCAACAUGAACAUUUUGCUGGAGGCGCUUCACUCUCAAGGCCACGAAAUCACAGUGCUGCGAACCUCCACCAGCUGGUACGUAUCUGAGAAGUCGCCCCACUACACCUCCAUCACCAUCGAGCUGGAGCAGUCCCAGAACAUCGAGAGCCAGAACUACAUGACCUCCUUCCUGGAGCGAUCCAUCGAGAUCCAGCGCCACAGAGGCUCGCUGUGGGCGUUUGUGGAGUUCUACAGGAACCUUUUCAGUCUUAUUGGGGAGAAUCAGGUGGCUGUGGCAAACAUGAUAGUCAGCAUAUUUGAAAAUCAAACUCUAAUCAAGAAACUGAAAGAAAGUAGAUAUGAUCUUUUCUUGACAGACCCGGCCUUUCCAGGCGGAGUCCUGCUGGCUCACUAUCUGGACCUGCCCAUGGUUUUCAAUGUGCGCUGGCUUUUCAAUGGAGAGGCACACUUUUCCAUAGCACCGUCUCCUCUUUCCUACAUCCCUCAAUUGUUCUCCCAUUACUCGGACAAAAUGGACUUCCCCCAAAGAAUCAAUAACAUCAUCUAUCACGGUGUCCUGCUUUACAUGUACCACUACGUGUCCAAUCCGCCUUACCAGGCCGUGUGCGAUCGCUAUUUCGGAGGUGACGUCACCAUCAUGUCUCUCAUGCAGGGAGCCGAUCUGUGGCUGAUGAGGGUGGACUUCACAUUCGAGUUCCCUCGACCCACCAUGCCCAAUGUGGUCUACAUCGGAGGGUUUCAGGGGAAGCCCUCCAAGCCUCUGCCGGCGGAUUUGGAGGACUUUAUGCAGAGUUCUGGGGAUCACGGCGUGGUUGUCAUGACUUUAGGGACGCUCCUUGGCGACCUCGGCCCUCAGCUAUCGCAGAUCAUCGCCUCUGCUUUUGCUAGUCUCCCUCAAAAGGUGGUCUGGAGACAUAUUGGGAAGAGGCCCGCCACUCUGGGGAACAACACCCUACUGGUGGACUGGUUGCCUCAGAACGAUAUACUGGGUCAUCCUAAGACCAAAGUCUUUGUCACGCACGGGGGCACUAACGGCAUAUACGAGGCCAUCUACCACAGCGUCCCGAUUUUAGGGAUUCCGCUCAUCUUUGACCAGCAUGACAACAUGGUGCGGAUGAAGGCCCGCGGAGGCGCCGAGUUUCUGGACGUGGCGGCGCUUGACGUGGAAUCUUUCAGCGCUUCCCUGAGGAACAUUCUCGAUCCCCAGAAACCUUACAAGCAGAACAUGAUCAAACUUUCCCAACUUCAUCGCGACAAACCCAUGAAACCCACCGACACUGCUGUCUUCUGGAUCGAGUACGUCAUGAGGCAUCGAGGUGCGGCACAUCUGCGUACAGAGUCUUAUAAAUUGCCAUGGUACGCCUAUCACUGUCUGGAUGUGAUCGCUGUCCUUGGGCUUUUCUGUUUUCUAGUUGUUGCAUCAAUGUGGGUUUCCUGUAGAUGUCUCUGUAAGCACCUAGUGAAGGCAAAUAAUUCCAGGUUCAAAUCCAAGAGAGAGUAGUUUUAGAAGCCUCUGAAAAGCAACCAUAUCUGGGAAAGUUUAUGACUUGACACUUUCAUAUUAUGACUUUUGGGAAGAGAGCUGUCUGGAGCUGUACGGAUGUAUUUUCUUUGUAUAUAUCACCUAAUGCUGUAAAUGCAGUGUCAGCAUUUGGCACCUGGACUUUCAGUGGGGACUUUUAAUACACUUCUUAAUACCACCACAAACAGAUCCGAAUUAUUGAAAUCAUCAAUACGAUACAAAAAUGCCGAAUAACAGCAAUAUGCCGCAUGCAUCAUCUGGAGCAAUUUACAAUCAAUAUUUAUCCAAUAACAUGACAAAAACCUAAAACAUUUCAAUGAGAUACAUCAUAAUCACCAAAGACAACCAAGACAUUCUUAUUCUUAUCUACUUACUCUUACAUACUGAAUUAUUAAAGGUAUUAAUUUGAGCAGAUUUGUACAGAUAUGCUUUGCUGUGACCACAGAAAAAUGGUUACGUUAUUGUGGGCCAGCUUCCUGUGAAACAAAUUUAAAAUCAGAUUGGUUGAAGAAACAGCCCCACUGCUAAGUUUAAGUCAGCGAUUCCCAGUCAUUGUGCCGUGGUGCACCAGUUUGCCACAGAUCAGGAUCAGGCCUGCUGUGGAAAAAUAUCCAAUUUGACUUAAUUGGUCUGCACGGCGGAUGGUGGACGACUGGUUGGCACAUCCGCCUCACAGUUCUGAGGACCGGGGUUCAAAUCCUGGCCCGCCUGUGUGGAGUUUGCAUGUUCUCCCCCAUGCCUGCGUGGGUUUGCGUCGGGUACUCCUGUUUCCUCCCACAUCCCAAAAAUAUGCAUGUUAGGUUAAUUGAAGACUCUAAAUUGCCCGUAGAUGUGAAUGUGAGUGUGAAUGGUUGUUUGUUUCUACGUGCCCUGCUAUUGGCUGGCGACCAGUUCAGGGUGUACCCUGCCUCUCGCCCAAAGAUAGCUGGCAUAGGCUCCAGCACGCGACCCUAGCGGGGAUAAGCGGUACAGAAAAUGGAUGGAUGGUCUGAACAGUAUUUAUUUACUGCAAAUAAUGUAUCUUUGUUCAUUUAUGUCAGUGACCAGUGGCGAGGUCAGCCAAUUUUAGGCGGGCUCGAGCCAAACGUUGUCUUAGCCCACUCUAUGAAUUCGUCCUGAAAUAAA